UCUCUCUCCCGGUUGCUUCUGCCCCUGACCCCCUCCCGGUUUCAGCAGCGCUAAAACAAGCAGGUCUACUUCAAAUAAAAAACACCCAGACACACCAAUUUAAUACCGUUCACCCAUGAAGCAUGGCGGCUAAUUUCGGCAAGAUUCUCAUCGGUAUUUACGUGGAGAUAAAACGAAGCGACGGACGAAUACAUCAGGCUAUGGUUACAUCUUUGAAUGAAGACAAUGACAGUGUUACUGUUGAGUGGAUUGAGAAUGGAGAUACCAAAGGCAAAGAGAUUGAUUUGGAAAGUAUAUUUGCACUAAAUCCAGACAUUGCACCUGAUGAAGAAAUUGCGGUAAGCCCUGAAACCCCACCACCACCGCCAACGCCAACUUCUGCCAAAGUUAACAAGAUAGCAAAGAACCGACGCACAGUAGUUCCCAUUAAAAAUGAAACGCCUUCCAGAGACAACAGAGUUGGGUCUGCUAGAGCAAGGCCCAGUCAACUUCCUGAGCAAUCCCCAGCAGCACCGGCGCCGCCUCUGACACAGCAGCAGCAGCUACAGCAGCAGCAGAAUGCUCGUAGAAAAUCAAACUGCGUAAAGGAAGUUGAAAAACUACAAGAAAAAAGAGAGCGGCGAAGGUUACAGCAGCAAGAGCUGAGAGAGAAGAGAGCACAGCAAAGAGGGGUGGGACCAAAGUGGCCAGAGGCAAAAGGAACAAUCGCAACGAAAGAGAAAAGGGGAAAAAAGGAUGUUGACACUACAUAUCCCAACUAUGAAAUAAUGUACAUGAUCAGAGAUUUCCGGGCAAGUCUUGACUACAGGCCGUUAACAACUGCUGAUCUGAUUGAUGAGCACAGGAUAUGUGUUUGUGUAAGAAAACGUCCACUUAAUAAGAAAGAAAAUGCCCUGAAGGAUCUUGAUGUACUCACUAUCCCCAGUAAAGACGUUGUAAUGGUUCAUGAACCGAAACAGAAGGUGGAUUUAACAAGAUACUUGGAAAACCAAACUUUCCGCUUCGACUACGCGUUUGACGAUACAACCACAAAUGAAAUGGUUUACAGGUUUACAGCCCGUCCUUUAGUGGAGACAAUAUUUGAGAGAGGAAUGGCCACUUGCUUUGCUUACGGGCAAACUGGCAGUGGUAAAACACAUACAAUGGGUGGCGACUUUUCAGGAAAGAAUCAGGAUUGUUCGAAAGGAAUAUAUGCAUUAGCUGCACGGGAUGUAUUUCUUAUGCUGAAAAAGCCAAACUAUAAGAAGUUAGAUCUUCAAGUAUAUGCAACUUUUUUUGAGAUUUACAGUGGCAAGGUUUUUGACCUGUUGAACCGGAAAACCAAGUUACGAGUCCUUGAAGAUGGAAAACAGCAGGUUCAGGUGGUGGGGUUACAGGAACGGGAAGUGAAAUGUACUGAGGACGUGUUAAAACUGAUUGAGAUAGGAAACAGCUGCAGAACAUCUGGUCAGACAUCAGCUAAUGCCCACUCCUCAAGAAGCCAUGCAGUGUUUCAGAUUAUUCUGCGAAGGAAAGGAAAGAUGCAUGGCAAGUUUUCACUUAUAGAUCUUGCUGGAAAUGAAAGGGGAGCAGAUACCUCAAGUGCAGACAGGCAAACAAGACUCGAAGGUGCUGAAAUAAACAAAAGUCUUCUGGCACUGAAGGAGUGUAUUAGGGCCUUGGGUCGCAACAAACCACACACCCCUUUCAGAGCAAGUAAACUCACACAGGUGCUCCGAGAUUCCUUCAUUGGAGAGAACUCAAGGACAUGCAUGAUUGCUACCAUUUCUCCCGGAAUGGCCUCCUGUGAAAAUACUUUGAAUACUCUGAGAUAUGCAAACAGAGUAAAGGAGUUUGGAAUAAGUCCUUCAGACAUUCCCUUCUCGCAGGGUGGCUGCAGUCGCUCUGAGCUCUCUCCUACCUAUGAGCAUGAUGACUUUUCUACUUCGCCCAGCAGAGUGAAGGAGUUGACAGUAGAUCCCAGUGCAGUCAUAGAAGGACGCCCCAAUAUUCAUGCUGCAAAUCAACUGGAUACAUUGGAAGCCCAAUGGGGUGUCGGAAGCUCUCCUCAAAGAGAUGAUCUCAAGCUUCUAUGCGAACAAAAUGAGGAGGAAGUGUCUCCCCAGCUGUUCACUUUUCAUGAAGCUGUAUCCCAGAUGGUAGAAAUGGAGGAGCAGGUGGUAGAGGACCACAGGGCUGUUUUCCAGGAGUCUAUAAGAUGGCUGGAGGAUGAAAAGGCACUAUUGGAAAUGACUGAAGAAGUAGAUUAUGACGCAGAUUCUUAUGCCACACAACUAGAACAAAUUCUGGAUCAAAAGAUUGAGAUAUUAACAGAACUAAGAGAUAAAGUGAAAUCUUUCCGUUCAGCCCUCCAGGAGGAAGAACAAGCUAGUAAGCAGAUUAAUCCCAAGCGACCACGUGCCCUUUAGGCUAUAUAUAUAUAAUGUGUGUAUGUGUGUUCCUUAAGGAUUAUAAAACUAAAAAAAAGAAACCCACUAAACUUCUACUACUGUACAUUUCUGUCAUUCUUAAACUGGUUGUGAGAAAUCAACAACUUGAAAACUAAAAACUUUGCGAUGUAAAUAAGAGGAGCCUUCGUACUCUUUCACUUUUCUGUUGUACAUGAACCACUCCCAUGGUGUUAAUACAAAUGCUUCCAACAGCACAAACUUGCAGGGUUAGGAUCCCUAGGAGCACUUUGUUUGAUAUUUUUUAAUUUUACUAAUCCUUGCCAACUUUUUUAAAAACCAAUGAAGUAAAACUGUGGACUUUUGACUUCCAUAGUACCUUUCUGUUAAAUGUGUUAGGAUUUUGUUACAAAGACUGGUUGGACAGUUUUGAAAUGUAUGCAUGCAUAACCCAUCAGUGAUUGUAAAAUAUUUCCCUAUAGCCCUAACUGUGCCCACAUGUAUGUGCUGUAUAUAGCAAUCUUGCUAUAGGGCCAGGCUCAUUCUUUAGCUGAACUGCACAGUAAGCACAGUCUUAAUAAAACACAUUCCUUGUCAGUGUUCA